GUUCAAAUGUAAUAGGGUGUCGAGCGCGUCCACCCUCACUUUUCUUCACCCACAAUCCAUCAAUCGCGAUGCCCCGCAAAGCCGCUGCGUCCACCGCACCUGCAGACGACUCCGUACCCACUGGCACUACCACAGCAGCUACUGAUGGUGACGCUAAUCCUGCUCGCCGUUCAUCCCGCCUUGCUGGUCGGGACAAGCCCCCAGCAACCAAGAAGACUCCCGCGAAGCCGCGGGGAAGAAAAUUUAAACCUACUGCAGAUAGCGACAAACAAGACAGUGAAGCUGAAGCUAAACCCAAGUCCGCCAGGGGAAAGAAGCGUACUGCUGCUGAAAAAGCUGCGGAAGAGAGCGCUCAACCAGAGAGUGAAGAGGCACCCGCCGCCAAAAAGGCUAAACCCGAAUCCAAGGCUGCGUCGAAGCCUGCAUCCAAGGCCGCCUCAAAGCCAGCCUCCCAGGCAGCCCCCGCAAAACCAGCCUCUAAGGCUGCGAAACCUGCGUCUCGAGCAUCUGCCAAACCACUUUCAACCACUGCCAAGAAACCCGCUUCAAGAGCAGCCUCCAAGAAGCCUGUAUCUAGGGCUGAAGCCCCAACAAAUGAGAACGAGGCUCCAGAUCCCGCUCCAGAGACUAUUGUAGAAGAGCUCGAGGAAGAAGCUGCUGCUGUUGAAGCUCCAGUUGCUGAAACCGACGCUUAAUUACCCCGCUCUGUAAUCAUCCAUCCAUGAUGAUGGAUGUUUCCCGCUAUAUCCGCUGCAGACAAAUGUAUCUUCUUCCUAUCAUUAUCUGCUAUCACCAAUUUGUAUCCCUGUCUUUCCUCCCGACCCUCGAUCGCGUCCCUUCGCCAUAUUGUCCGUAACCUCGUUGUUGCUGUCCUUCACCCUUA